CCGAUCAUGCCUUUGGUGUAAGCAAAAACACAAUGACUGAUGAAGGAUUUCCAGCUAAAUUCUCACCUUGGAGAAUCGGAUCAACGCAACUAUCAUCAUGCCCUUCCAAGCCAAAUAAUAUCGACAUUUCUCCUUCUGGUGCAGUUUUGACUAGAUGUGAUGAAGCAGUGGAUAUUGUGCAUAUACGACAUGGAGGACUUGCACCUUUCUUGAAUAGUGACGAUCAUUUCGUUCAUCAUAGAGAUGCAGGAAAGCGUACGGAGAUAUUUCAUUCAUCUAUCUUUAUUGGAGACGUUCCCACUGUGGGCAUUAAUGGAAGGGUAGGCAAAGAUGGCAAGAUAGAUUUGAUGUCGUACGAAAAACGUUUCAUGCAUGCUCAAUGGGCACCUCUGGAAAUUGGUCCUAAUGCAAGUCCAUUCUUUGCAACUUUGACAACACGAAGAGAUUUGCAUCUUUGGUCCGCUCCAGAUAAUCAAUUCACUGGACCUUGGCAAUGUUUGGCAAGCUUGUCCGAUUCUGCAAAUGGCUCAAAUGUUGCAGUCAGCUCGUUCACCUUCCUUGAACCUACAUCAAUUAACAUACAAGAAGAGACUGUUUAUCUGAUGGCAACAUGUCAAGAUGAGAAUAGGGUAAUGAUUUGGCGGAUAAGGCCGAGGGAAUGGGUUGGAGGUGAUCUGGAAAUUACAGUGGUACAUGAUGGCAUUCUUGAUGGAUAUGAUUUCAAGGAGACAUACAUCUUACAAUCGAUCCACCUUGAACAGCUUCAACCUACUGAACAGAACUCGCAUCACCUGAUUGCUGCAGUGGUGCCUAAAGGACUCGUCGUAUCUCGCUUUGAUUCGAAUAGCUCUCAACUUCACAAAUCAUUAUGGCAAAACGAAAGGGAAGAAGGAUCAUAUUCGUCUAUAUUUGCAAACAUGUACAUCUACCAUGCCCAAUGGUCUGCGCGUACUCUUUGCUUGUACCUUUGUGCAGCAGGACAAUUGUUCGAAGUAGACUUCCACUUCUUUGACAAAGGAGGAGCCUUUCCAUCGUAUGCAAGAGUGAUCUUCACGACGCUAGAUAACAAUGGUGAACAAGUUCCAAGUUUGAACCCGGUCAUAGGCUUGCAGCUCGACGAAGGCACCCAGCAUGAAAUGACAAUCACCUUGAAGGACGGCACAAUAUAUCGAUGUAAAGAAAGAUUUACCCGAAAAAAGCAAGCUAUUCUACCUACUGGAGAAAUAGAAGCACCCAAUCCGGAACUCCAAGAGCUUCAGCGAGAUGUUGAGAAGAAAAGAGGAAUGUAUGCGUUCCAAUCAGACGACUGUGGAAUGGCAUUCAUGAAUUUCGAUAACAAUGAUCUCAAUGCAUGGUCAUUUAUACAACAUCCAACUUCUACCUUGGAAGUAGCUUUUUCCGAAGCACAAGUUACAGGGAUAAAUCAAAAUGAAGCUGUAGGACCGCUUUCGAAAGCUCAGGCGAUCAUAGAUGAAUUUGUUCAAUUGGAAGAACAUGGUAAUGCGGCCGAAAUGUCAUUACAAAGUAUAGCUAGGAGGUCAAAGUUAAAACGAUUUCUUUCUUUCCUUACGGAAAGAGCGAUUGAUAAAGCUCCAAUAUUCAUAUAUUGUGGCGUUGCCAUUGGGAAGUGUGGAGGAGAAGAACCUUUCCGACUUGCAAGUGGUCUUCAAUUGAUUUAUUGGCUGAAGAGUUUUAACGGUCUGGACAUGGAGAAAGCCGUAUUCGCACAAGUAGACAAGCUUCUUAGACAUUAUGAGUUUCGAUUGGCACAAGAAGUAGCACGAGAUCGAAUGAAUUACAUCAUUAGCCUUUUGGAUGCUCCUAAUAGAGAAGGCUUUGAUGAUUUUUCCGAGAUGCACUGUAUGCGUAUUGCCGCGAUGGCGUUCAGUCUAUCGCACGGGACGAAAGAGGACCAAGAAACGAUUGAAUACCUUUUGACAGGCUUGAAAGGAGCCAGUAUGGGUCGAAAAUUUAUACGUGAAUGGGGAAAGAAGCUCGAUGCAAGUCCUCAAACGGGAAUCGAUGCAGGAGAACGUUGUCCGAUUUGCGAUACACCUGUUCUCGUUGGUCUACGUUCACCUUUUGAAGCGAGUUGCAGAGAUGGUCAUAAAUGGAAUCGAUGCUCAACAUCGUUUGGUCUUCUCUGCAAUAUACGAGCUUCAGCAUGUAUCGUUUGUUGUCAUCAAACUAUCUUGCCUGACGAUGCAACAAGUGAUUUGCAAAAGAAAGCCUUGGAAGCAUGCUUUCGAUGCGCAUUAUGCGGUGGGACAAAGGUUACAAUCUAGGCGGUUCAAGAGACGUCACAUUUCACACUGUAAAUUAAUCAUUAAUGUAAUCUAUUGGAUGCGGUAAGAUUUCAGUCCUGAGAAAA